UUAUCUGGUCCAGAUGCAGCAGUUGGUAAAUACCCAUCCUGAAGCCGAUGCUUUCCUUCGACGAGGUGGCUUUUCAGUCCAGCGGUCAGAUAAUCCGUUCGCCCAAGUAGCGUCAGAUCAAGCGAUUGAGCAGUCCAUCAACCGAGCAAGCAAGACGUCUGGUGGUAUCAUUGGCUUCAGCCGCCAUCCGGCAACUGUACAGAGGUGGGUGUUAACUGCUCAUGAUCGCGCAGCAGUCACCGACACAUGCAUGGAGCAUUGUGGUCUCGAUGAUAGCGCUGAGGAGAGGGAUGCUUUCCACAAAGAGUGUCAGACAGGACGGAUGGCACGUGAUGAGAGAGAUGUACUGCAAGUCCUAGAUACCAUCUCACGAUUCUUCAACCCCUUCCUCCCUGCCUCCCAACAGCACUGUGAGCAGCUGAUGCAUCUGUCUUCUGGUACUGAAGCAACCGCUGAAACCUCAACAGAUCUUCUGGAUGCUGAGAAGCGUGGUCUGGCAGGUUUCCAUGACUUUGUCAACCAGCGACUGAUCACAGAUGCAAAAGCAUUCCAUGACCCACUGAAGAAGAUGAAUCUGAAGUCAUUCACUGUCAAGAAGAAGAAGAACCCUGUGAAUGAUCAAGCUGGCAUCCUUCGGUCCGACCGGUCAACAUUUUCCCGCAUUGCUCUGAUUGCACAGACUCGCCAAAUGGACAUGCGUGAAGUUCUCUCAUAUCCACUCGGACCACUGCCAUGGUCACUAGCAACUACAUCAGGUACUCUGGUCAAGACGAGCAAGGCAGCCCUACUACCGCUGCUGACCGAUGGAAUCGCAUCUUCCAAUAAUCCAGAUGCUGGUGGAGCUCUGAUCAUUGAUGCCAUGGCACACCUGAGGUCCAUGAAGGUGUUCGAUCUUCCGUCCACUUUUGGUGAGUUUGCUGCUGUUGUUCUGAGCCAUCUGUGCCGACUGCUAUCUUCAUACAGCCGGAUCGACUUUGUGGUCGACACGUAUCAAGAGAUUUCAAUCAAGAGUUUGGAACGAUCUGCCCGUGCUGCUGAUGGAGGACUGCGCCAGCACAUCACCAGUCCUGCGCAACGAUUGCCUCGGCAGUUUGUCAAGUUCCUGGCAGUUGGUGCCAACAAGGAAGAGUUGCUGGAGUUUCUCUUCAAGCAAUGGCAAACAGUCGACCUGAUGAAGAAGAUUCCAAGCCACAGGGAGCUAGUUAUCACCUCCGGCAGCUCGUGCAUGAAGAUAAUGUCUGGUGCUGCCACUACAGUUGCCCUCCCUGUCACUGAUCUGGCUUGCGAUCAUGAGGAAGCAGACACCCGACUCCUUCUUCAUGCUCACCACGCAGCGCUAGCAGGAUCGCGGACUAUCACCAUCAAGUCACCCGAUACUGAUGUUGCCGUGCUAGCAGUUGCGUUCAGCCACUCCAUUCCAGCACCUCUCUACUUCAUGACAGGAACCGGUGUAAAGACUCGCUACAUCCUGAUGAAUGCUAUCAGCGAGAAGUUGGGCCAAGCUGUUUGUGAUGCUCUACCUGGCUUUCAUGCUUUUACGGGCUGUGACACAACAAGUGCCUUUGCAGGCAGAGGCAAGAAAGGUGCCUUCAAGCUUCUGUGCAACAACUCCCCGGAGAGUGCAGCUGCCCGCUUGGCCUUCAGUACUUUGGGUGCAGCUUUUACACCACUUGCCACCGAUGUCAUCGACGCCCUAGAGAAGUUUGUCUGCAUCAUGUACAACACCACGUGUUCCCGGGUCAAUGAUGCCAGGUACCAGCUGUUUUGCACAAGGAGUCUGCAAUCCAACCAACUGCCACCCUGCAAUGACGCCCUUCUAAAGCACUGCUGCCGCUCCAAUUACCAAGCUGGUAUUUGGAAGCGAUGCCUCUUGUCACAUGUGGAUGCACCAUCACCGAAUGAGAAAGAACAAGGCUGGCACCUAGAAAGCAAUGGGACAUUGGCAGUUGACUGGUUAAGCCUGCCACCUGCUCCAAAGUCAAUCCUAGAGUUCCUCCGGUGCGGGUGCAAAACUGGUUGCAGCAGUGGCAACUGUUCGUGCCGCCGGCAUAUGCUGUUGUGUACAGAUGCUUGCACCUGUCGGCACCACUCUUCAGUAGUAUGCACAAACUACCCAGAGCAGCAUGCAGCAUUGCCUACGACCCAACACAUCUCACCUGAAACUGAUUUGGUCUGCAGUGACACAGCUCAUGACUGAUAGCAGCCAGCCAACCGUAAGGAUUCGGGACUGACAAACUUGUUGAGCAAUCAUGUGCAUGAUGGAUAGCAGCCAGCUCUAGAGUGUCCCACCACCUCUGGGAUAUCUUGCAACAAAUCUUAUGACAGAUCUGUGUCAGCAUCAGUGGAUGCCGGAACUGUCUUUCUUUGGCCGACAACCGCAUCCCGCAGCACGGGUGAUAGCACAUCUUCUUCUUAUCAUAUUAUCUACAUGACUGUAAUAUUGUCAUUAUAAUUUAACCUGUACCUUCAUUUUAAAUUGUUUCCAGAGGACCUAUGAUCUUCUUACUGGAGCUCCUAUACCAGAAAAGUUAGGCAUGAAAUAUGAUCGGAAUGUCCGGAGACCCAUGAAAGCGUGACAGUAAUAGUAACUUUACAGAUUAUGCCAGUACUAAGACUUUAUUAUUAUAAUCAGAGACUUCAUGCUAGGAAAUAAUAAAUUAUCCUUCUAGUGUACUUGUCCUAUUUCCUAUUUUGUGCAGGCUCCUUGUUGUAUAAUAUGUUCUCAAAUGUGACAUACAUUAUUACAAUGUAUUACUAUUGUGAAAUGACCCAAAGGCAGUAUGCCUAUCGAGGGGUUCAUUUGAUUGAAAGAACAGUACUACUACUAG